AUGGCUUCUGCAGCAGAGCAAGCCGCCAUUGGUGGCUCGAACCUCGACUCUUUCGGGCAGGAAGCUGAGGGAGGGAAUUGGAACCCCAGAGGAGCGCCAAUCGAGGGCGGUGAAGGAUGGGUUUUCUCCGGGGAACUGGGAGAAGAGGCCGGAGAUUUUGGUGAAGCGAAGCGAUUGCUCGUGGGCGAAGAAUGGCGCGGAUAUCCAGCUGUUCCAGUCUUUGGACACGGCUCUGAAUCUGCAGACUGA